UUAAAAAGGCAGGUCUCUCUCUCCCUGCGCUUCUGCCUUUCUGUUUUUUCCAUUUUCCACUGACAACCAUCCGUGCCAGCCUCUCCAGUCGGCAGGUCACAUCACACCAGGGAUGCAGACGCCACAACACAGGGCCCAGAAUCUCCCCCUUAUCCUGCUAGGAACCCUGCUGCUGGCUACAGAUUGGGCUGCUGUGGAGAGCCAAGUCCAAUAUGAGCAUGAAAGAGAACCAUCCUACUGGGAUGCACAGGCAAAGGCAACACUGGAUGCUGCAUUGAAACUCCGCCCUCGGGAGCACCAGGCCAAGAACAUCAUCCUAUUCCUCGGAGAUGGUAUGGGCGUGUCUACCGUGUCGGCUGCUCGAAUUCUGGAAGGUCAAAUGGAGGGCAACGCAGGGGAGGAGACAGUACUGGCGAUGGACACCUUUCCAUAUUUGGCACUUUCCAAGACCUACAGUGUUGACAAGCAGGUAGCAGACAGCGCUAGCACGGCUACAGCCUACCACUGCGGGGUCAAAGCCAACGCCAAAACCAUUGGACUGAGUGCCAACGCGGUGGCCUACGAGUGUAACACUACGUUUGGAAAUGAGGUCUACUCCGUAUUGCGACGCGCAAAAGCCAAAGGUAAAUCAGUCGGGAUUGUGACCACCACUCGGGUCCAGCACGCCUCACCAGCUGCUGCCUACGCCCACUCAGUCAGCCGCAGCUGGUACAGUGAUGCUGAUCUUCCGAGCAGCGCCCGCCAUCUAGGGUGUGUGGACAUCGCUACCCAACUAGUCACCAACAUUGACAUUGAUGUGAUCCUGGGAGGAGGGAGGAUGUACAUGACACCAAAAGGCACCUCAGACCCUGAAUACCCAACCUCCAACUCUCGCAAGGGUGACCGCAAAGACCGGAGGAACCUUAUAGACGUCUGGUUAAAGGCUAAACCAAACAAGAAUUCCCGCUAUGUUUGGCACAGGAAGGAGUUUGAUGAGAUAAACAUUAAAACUACUGACAGACUCAUGGGUCUGUUUGAGCCAAAGGACAUGAGAUUUGAGGUUUUCCGAAAUGUUACCAGAGACCCCUCUAUUGUGGAGAUGACGGAGAAAGCCAUUCAAAUCCUGAGCAAGAACCCAAAAGGAUAUUUCCUGUUUGUGGAAGGAGGGAGAAUUGAUCACGGACACCACGACGGCAUCGCCAAACUCGCCCUGACGGAGGCUGUCAUGUUUGACCGCGCUAUUGAGCGAGCUUCACAGCUCACCAAGGAAUCCGAUACACUGACGGUUGUCACGGCCGACCACUCUCACGUCUUCACCUUUGGCGGCAACACCCCUCGAGGAAACCCAAUCUUCGGUCUAGCUCCAAAAAAAGCAGAUGACCAAAUGCCCUUCACCAGCAUCCUCUAUGCCAACGGGCCUGGUUAUGUGCACAUAAACGGGACCAGGGGGAACAUCACCAUGGUGGAUUACUAUGAUGAAGAGUACAUGCAGCAGGCCGCCGUCCCGCUUGACGCUGAGACACACGGCGGUGAAGAUGUUGCCAUUUACGCCAGGGGCCCCAUGGCUCAUCUCUUUCACGGGGUGAAGGAACAAAACUACGUGGCGCAUGUUAUGGCUUACGCGGCCUGUUUGGAGCCCUACACGGACUGCCCCCCUCAACCGCACUCCCACACAUCCACCGGGCGUGUGAGCACACCCUCAAGCCUAAUGUUUGGACUAAUCGGCCUCAUUUGGCUGUCCAGAUGACACCCAACCACACGGAUACACACACUUCACACAUCCAUAAUAAUACAAGUACAUAGCGUGCAUGCGGGAGACACAUUAUGCAAUAAUCAUUUAUACAGUACAUGGACACACACACGCACACUGUCAAGUGCCAGACCAACACAUCGCAGUAAACAUCCUGAAAUCUCAUUUUGAAGUGCAAGCAACCAUUCAGACAUUGUGCAAAUACUGUAUGCAAACAAGAACAACAAACACGAUUUCCUGUCAACUCCAUUCAAGUGUUGCAGAUGUCGAGCUUUACUGUACACGAGUUUUUGGUUUAAAAAAAGCAUUUUUCAUGGUGUGUUUUCGACAACACCUAACUUGCACAAAGUAGUUUGCUGUCUUCUAUUGGCUGGUUGGCUUUUCUGCCCUACUCCCAUCUUUCAGACCUUGUGACCAGCUGUAAUUUUAUUAUUUACACACGAACCUGAGGCUAGCGCACCGAGAAUAACUUGAAGGCCGCGAGGAGGCUGAAGACUCACUGUUCGGGCUGUUGACACGCAGAUGUUGAUGCACACGCUGGGACUGAAUUGAGGACUGGACUCUGAACCGGGAGCCACCGUGCCACGCCGAGCUGUAACACCAACAGACCUUAAGAAUCCACAGUAACACUGUACGUCUCUCCGGGUCUUUUAGGAGAAUGUACCAUUCAUGGGUUGACUGAAUCUGGACCUCAUUGGUGUGACAGCUACGUUGUUUGCCUGUCACUGCUCUAUUUGAAUUGUCCGUGAAUGUACUGUGUUUUCUAUGCAAGAUGUAUUUUUAUACAGUUUUUGCAACAUUUCUAAUAUAAGGAUGAAGAAUA